UUCCCGGCGCACGUGUGCACGCGACCGGCGCCCUCCCAGCGGGCGGCCCGGCACUCUGCACGCGCUCGGGGGCGCCCUCUUCCCUUCCCAACCACUUCCGGGGUUUGCCGAGAGGAUCCGGGGCUGAGCCCGCCAGUCCGCCCGCCCGCCCGGCGCCGCUUCCUCUCCGCUUUGCAAAAAAGGCUGACGUUGCCCGGGGUUGGGCUGGGCGCUUCUGCAACCGGGCGCCCCCCUUUUUCCUCCCCUCCCCACCGGCCCAGGAUGUGGUUCUUCGCCCGGGACCCGAUCCGAGACUUCCCCUUCGAGGCCGCCGCCUCCCCGCCGGAGCCCCCGCUGCCCCAACCGGGGGGCGUCUGGCAGCUGCACCGCGGGCGGAGGAAGACCACAGGCGAACCGGUCUCCCUUUUCGUACACGAGGUGAAGCCGGGUUCCGAGGAGCAGAUCCAGCUGGCCAAAACAGCCUUUAAAUUCCUCAAGACCCUCCGCCACCCCAAUAUCUUAUCCUACAUUGAUGGCUUAGAGACGGAGAAAAGUUUACACGUGGUCACCGAGCCGGUGACACCAUUGCCGGCUUACCUGGAGUCGCGGGGGGACGGGAAGGGCUUGAGCGAAGCGGAAAUUUCCUGGGGUCUUCAUCAGAUUGCAAAAGCCCUCAGUUUCCUUGUGAACGACUGCCGUCUCGUCCAUAACAACGUCUCCCUGGGCGUGGUUUACGUGGACCGUGCUGGCGAGUGGAAGCUGGGCGGCUUGGAUUACAUGUGCUCGGCCCAAGGAGACGUCACCGUGCCACGGAAGGGGGUCCCCGAGCUGGAGAAAUACAACCCCCCCGAAUUAUCCGACAGCACCAAAAACGUCGGCGAGAAAUGGUCAGCAGACAUGUGGCGAUUCGGCUGCCUCAUCUGGGAGGUCUUCAACGGCCCCCUGACCCGAUCGUCCUCCCUGCGGUCGCUCAACAAAAUCCCCAAGUCCUUGGUGCCCCAUUACUGCGAGCUGGUUGGUGCCAAUCCGAAGCUACGACCCAGCCCGUCCAAAUUCCUGCAAAAUUGCUCUCGGAUGGGCGGUUUCAUGGACAACAAGUUUGUGGAGACCAACCUCUUUCUGGAGGAGAUCCAGAUUAAGGAGCCGGCCGAGCGGCAGAAGUUUUUCCAAGAACUCAGCGACAACCUAGAUAAUUUCCCCGAGGACUUCUGUCGCCACAAGGUCCUUCCCCAAUUGCUGAUGGCUUUUGAGUUUGGGAAUGCGGGGGCCAUCAUCCUCACCCCGCUCUUUAAGGUGGGGAAAUUUUUGAACAGCCAGGAAUACCAGCAAAAAAUAAUCCCCGUAAUUGUGAAGAUGUUCUCUUCCCCGGAUCGCGCCAUGAGGAUCCGUUUGCUGCAGCAGAUGGAGCACUUCAUUCAGUAUCUGAACGAGCCCACGGUCAACACCCAGAUCUUCCCCCACGUGGUCCACGGUUUCCUGGACACCAAUCCAGCCAUUCGGGAGCAGACGGUGAAGUCCAUGCUGCUCCUGGCUCCCAAAUUGAACGAGGCCAACUUGAACGUGGAACUCAUGAAGCACUUCGCUCGCCUGCAGGCCCGCGACGACCAGGGCCCCAUUCGCUGCAACACCACCGUGUGCCUGGGCAAGAUUGGGCCAUACCUCAGUGCCAGCACGAGGCAGAACGUGCUGAUUUCGGCCUUCAGUCGAGCCACCAAAGACCCCUUUGCCCCCUCGCGGGCGGCCGGGGUCCUGGGCUUCGCCGCCACCCACAAUUUCUUCUCCAUGAAAGAGUGUGCCUUCAAAAUCCUGCCAGUGCUCUGCACCUUGACGGUGGACCCUGAAAAAACUGUCCGGGACCAGGCCUUCAAAGCCAUCCGCAGCUUCAUGACUAAACUGGAGACGGUUUCAGAAGAUCCGGAUCAGCUCUCAGAGCUUGAAAAAGAUGUCCAGGCUGCUUCCAUCAGUCCCGGGGUGGGCUCAGCCGCCAGUUGGGCCGGCUGGGCUGUGACGGGGGUCUCGUCGCUGACGUCAAAGCUGAUCCGGACAAACGCUGGAACGACGCCGGGGGCAGAACGGGCGGCCGAGGACGCUCCCGUCAAGAAGCCGCCGGAGCCGCCCAAAUCGGGGCCCGGCCCCCCUCCUGCUUCCGAGGGAGCAGCUCCCAGCCCCUCCAGCCGGUGGGAGGUAGAGGAGGAGGAGGUGGGGGAAGAGGAGAGUGCGGCCGACCAAUGGGAUGAUGAAGACUGGAGCAGCUUGGAGCAAGAAAUGGAGCAGCCGAAGAGACAGCCCAGCCCAGAUGACUGGAACAGCCCCGGCUGGUCGGAAGCAGCCCAGACGUUCGGCGGUAGAAUAGUUACCGCCACAGCUUCCGACAGGCAGGACUCGGACUGGAGCAGCUCCGCCUGGGAUCUGGAGCCGUCCUGGAGCCCCAGAAAGGGGGCGGCUACCCCCACGGACCCGCUCCCUUCCAGCCUCGGCAACAAAGCAGCUGCAACCCACCAAGACAUCAAACCGGCAAGCGAUUAUAACUGGGGGAGCAUGAGCUCCGGGGACAAAUCCGAUCCGUUUUCCUGCCUGGCUGGGAAGCCAACAUCGGAGAAGCAGAAAAACGCCGACGCCCUGCGUGAAUGGACCUUUGAAGAAAACUGGGCCACGCUGGACUCCGAUCAAGGUCCCAGCAAGACGGAGCUGGCCCGGAAGAAACGAGAAGAGAGGCGCCAGGAAAUAGAAGCCCGGCGAGCCGAGAAAAAGGCAGCCAAGGGACCUAUGAAGUUGGGGGUCAGGAAAUUCGACUGACACUCUGCCCCCAUGCCCUGUUCUUUGGUUUUUUUUUCCUCCCACCCCCCACCCCCUCCACGUUUGGACAGCUUGAUGCCUUCAAAGAGACUGCGAGGAGGAGGCGGCGAAGCGGCUACAACUCUGGUUUUCCAGCCCAGCUUUGAAACGGGAGUGGGAAAUUCGGGGUUUCCCUCCAUCCGGUCUUGCUCGAGGUGGGGGACUCGGGCCCACCUGCGUCACACCUUCCUUUGGUUUCAGAUAGUUAAACCUGAGACUCCUGGAAGCCUUGUGGGGGUCGGGGUGGGGAGAGGGUUGGGUCUGUCACGCGGUCUGUGGGUGCAAAGAAAACGAGACUUUUGCACAGAGGCAAAGUACCAGGCGGAAGUGUGCAUUGGUUUGAGUGUGGAUAGGUGUGCAUGGAGGUGAUAAUCCAUGCCUGCUUCAUCAGAGCAGAGAAAGGAAGCAGAGAAAUGAAUUAUGAAUGAAAAGCUGCAAGGAUUCCCACAAUCUCUGGCCAAUCUCUCUCUCUCUCUCUCUCUCUCUCUCUCUCUUUCUUUCUGUCUCUCUCACUCUCUCUGUAUCUCUGUCUCUCUUUCUCACUCUCUCUGUCUUUUUCUCUAUUUUUCACUCUUUGUCUGUCUUUUUCUCUUUCUGUCUCUGUGUCUUUCUCUUUCUCAGUCUUUCUUUCUCUGUCUUUUUCUCUAUUUUUCACUCUGUCUCUUUCUCUGUCUCAGUCUAUCUUUCUCUGUCUUUGUCGCUCUCUCUCUCUCUUUCUUUUUCUCUAUUUUUCACUCUCUCUUUCCCCGUCUUUCUCUCUCUCCCUUCCCCCCUGCAAACCAAACGCCUGCUGUUGCUUGGCAUGGCAAACUUGGUUAAACUUGGCUUAAUCCUUGGGUGGCUUUUGCCUGCAAAGUGCAGCUGCCUCGGUGUGAUCGUUCGCAAAUCUGGAAAACGGGUUAAUUCCAAGAAGGAAAAAGUGAUGUAUUUCCCACCUCCCCACCCCCUCGGCUCCACCAGGCCUAAAUCUUGCAAUUCGGCUGGUUUUCGGCAACCAAGGUGGGCGGGUGGGAGGCAUAUUUUGGUUUUCUCCCUCAGGGCUACUGCGAAUUACAGCUUGAGAGGGUGUGGGGGAAGAACGAGAAUCUCAAUCCCUCUCGGUUUCUUUUUUUCUUUUAGUAAAAAUAGCUUGCAGACGACUUUAGGAGAUGAUUCGGCGCCAUUAUUUUACUUCUUUUACAACCUGGUGAAAAAAACUACACACUUAAUUCAGAGGUCAGGCCUGAAACCAGGCUAAGAAAAAGAUCCUCAACCUUCUGUUACUUCUCAAGUUACUCGGGGAUUAUUUCAAGAAACAGCCCUCCAGGCAGUUAAUGUAAUAUAUAUAUAUAUAUAUUUUAAUGUGCAUUCACCCAGAGGUUAGACCUCCUCCUGUUUAGGAUAUGGCUGGAAAUAGCUUAGCUUUUUUUUUUUUUUAAAGUAAACAUUAAAAGGGUCUUUAAAAGUG